AUGGCUAAGAGGAAGAGCCAAGAGCGCAGGAAAUCACAUGUUGCUGGGAGCUCCCAUGAUGCCACGGAGGAUGUUGAGGAUCGCUACACAGCCCCUGAUGAUAUUGAGGAUCGCCACAGACGGCUGCAUGCUUCUUUUCGUAGAGUCAGAGGCAGAUUUGGUGAGGACCAGGAUGUUGGUGGGACAUCAAAUGAGGAGCGUCGAGACCCUUGUGAGAUGAUUCAUGAGCCUUCUCGUCAGACGACUCCCGAGCCUUCUCCGCCUUCUCGUCAGACGACUCCCGAGCCUUCUCCGCCUUCUCGUCAGAUGACUCCUCAGAGUUCGGCAGAGAGUGAGCAUGAGGUUGAUGUGGAGCAUGAGGUUGAUGUGGAGCUUCAGGUUGAUGUGGAGCCUGAGGUUGGUGUGGAGCUUGAGGGUGAUGCUGGAGCACGACGGGAUGAGGUGCCAGUCCAGACAGAGGCACCGUUUCCAGGGGGGCCUGAUGAUCUGUCACUGUUGGUCCGUUACCCACAUCACGUUGCGCCGUGUCUGUGGCAUCAUAUUAUAGGCACCGACCCGCGUUACCCCGAUAGAGGUGUGUUGAAGUUUGCCAGUGCUGGGAUGAAGCUGGCAAAGCUGACAUGUGAGGGCGAGGGAGACGAUAUGAGCGCUGUUCGUCAGCGUGUGGAGGGGACCGGACUCUAUCCGCUCUUCAGUUGCACCUAUCUGGAGAUAGACACACCCCUUCUAUCUGCCCUCGUCGAGAGAUGGCAUGAGGAUACCAGCAGCUUCCACAUGCCAUUCGGGGAGAUGACCAUCACCCUGGAUGACGUGUCAUCUAUACUUCAUUUGCCGAUGGGUGAUAGGUUUUAUACUCCCGGACAGGCCAGCAGAGAACAGGCAGCGGAGACCUGUGUUCUGCUCUUAGGAGGGGUAGCCACGGACUACAUCAUGGAGUUUAAGGCGGUGAAGAUCAUUGGCUUGCGAUUCGGGUUCUUCCAGACUCUUUACACUAGGGUUCUUGCUGGUUAG